AUGAAACGUGAUCGGCUCGCACACGAUUCUGUCCAAAGCAACGAGAAGAGCGCCCGUCAAAAAUCUGAUGACGUCAGUGCGUCUAGCUCCUCCGCCGCUUCAACGGGGAGUGACAACUACGAUGUGUUCUUGAGCUUUAGUGGUCAGGAUACUCGCAAAACCUUUGCGGAUCACCUUUACAAUGACCUCUUCGAUGCCAGCAUCCGCGUGUUCAGAGACAACAAUGAGCUUCGCGAAGGUGAGAAGAUCGGCACCAACCUUCUCCAGGCCAUUAAGAAUAGUAAAAUCUCCAUCCCGAUUCUCUCUCAGAACUAUGCUUCGAGCAAAUGGUGCCUUCAAGAGCUCGUUGAGAUGACGAGUGCAUCAAAAGCGGGCACGUUGUUUUGCCCAUAUUUUAUCAUGUUGAACCGACCGUGUGCGAAACCAAACAGGGAGCUUUGGAGAGCUUUCUCCUGUUUAAGUAGGAAGUAUCCGGAAGAUGUUGAGAAAUGGAAAGUAGCACUUCAAGAAGUGGCUUCCCUUAAGGGAUGGGAAUCGGAGAAAACUGCUGACGGAAAAGUUUUGAGUGAGUUAAAGAAGGCCUUUCAGCUAGAUGUGACUGAACAUCUUGUCGGAAUCGAUAAUGCUGUGGAGAGUAUUUUAAGAUUGCUAGAUGAUAACCCUAGUGCUAUCCAAAUUGUUGGUAUUUAUGAAAUGGAGGGCAUCGGUAAGACAACUUUAGCCAAGGUCGUCCACAAUAAGCUCUCCGACCAAUUUCAGCAUCAUAGUUUUAUUGCAGAUAUUCGGGAAUCCUCGCGACGCGAUGGCAUUUUUAAUUUGCAAAGUCAAUUAAUACGUGAUCUGAAAGAGAAAGACCAAGCGUCUACUAAGGAUGAAGGAAUCAGCCUCUUGGGAUCUAGAUUUAAACGUAAGAAAGUCCUAAUUCUUCUAGAUGAUGUGGAUGAUAUCGAACAGAUCAGAGCUUUGAUUGGGAAAUAUGACUGGUUUGAGAUGGGAAGUAGGAUAAUAAUCACCACGAGAAGCAGGUCUGUUCUUGAUGAUGUUGGGGUCAACUGA